CCAAGGGCAAAACAGUCAUUCCCUCACUCGGUCCCUCCCUCCCAGAUCACAGAGAGAGCUCAGAAGGCUCCCCAACGGCAAUUUCCCAAACAGCCCCUCAGAAGUUUCUCUUAUUAGUCCUAGCAAACCGUCUCUCAUUCCCGUUUAGCUGCUCUCAGAUCGUGCGACGUGGUCCGUUUUAAAAAUCGCCGAUUUUUACUGUUCCAUAGAAGCUCCAGUUUCCGUUCCGUUUGUGCUCUCUUUUUCCUCGCAUUCUCUGCUCUCCGUUCCGCUUUUGCUUUAUUCUCCUCCUCAGCACUCUUGAAAGUAGUUUCCUCCUCACUAAAUCUCGGCUUUUUUUAAAGCUCAGAAGUAGCUCCUCCUCUUCCUUGUGAUUUUCCCGGCACCUCCGAACGCGCGACGUCGUCGAAGAGCAGAGGGAGCAGAGAGUUCAGACUGGCCAGGCGGAAACGACGGCGUUCUGUCAGAGAGAGCUUCGUCUUCUUCGCCACGACGACCCUUUUUUGGUGCAAUAAAGGACGUGAUUGGGGUGGGUCUCUUUUCUUUGGGGCCGGUCUCUUUCUUGAUAUCAAUUUAAGUUGGUUGGGGUUAAAGGUUUAAAAGAGCCAUGUUUAAGCAUGCUGAUGCUGAUGUUACUGAUAAUGUGGUCAUGGAGGGCCUAAAUUAUCUGGCAAGUGCAACAACCUUGCUUUAUUACGUUUAAAUAGUCUCGCAUUGUGGUGGAAGCAAGAGUGACUUGAUGGGAUGUAGGCUGAGCUUGUUUUUGAGAAAGUUGAUUGUUUCUCUUGAGUAAUUGGCGGUUGGGUGGAUAAGAUCAUUCGAUAGGGAAAGUGAUAUAAUGGGGGCAAUUGGUAGGGAAGACCUGAUGAAGUGGGAGAAGAUGCAGGGAGCAAGUGCUCGCGAAGAGAAGAUUCUAGUUUUGGUCAGGUUGAGGCCCUUAAAUGAGAAGGAGCUUGCAUCGAAUGAAGUAUCAGAUUGGGAAUGCAUCAAUGACACCACCAUCUUAUACCGAAAUACGCUUCGGGAAGGGUCUACAUUUCCAAAUGCUUAUACAUUUGACAAAGUAUUUCGAGGUGAUUGCCCUACAAGACAGGUUUAUGAAGAAGGGGCCCAACAAAUUGCUCUUUCAGUUGUCAAUGGUAUCAACUCGAGUAUUUUUGCAUAUGGUCAAACAAGCAGUGGGAAAACAUACACCAUGAAUGGUAUCACAGAGUUUACAGUAGCGGAAAUAUUUGACUAUAUACAUAGGCAUGAGGAAAGAGCUUUUGUUGUUAAGUUUUCAGCAAUUGAGAUAUACAAUGAAGCUGUUCGAGACCUUCUAAGCACAGAUAAUACUCCACUUAGGCUCCUAGAUGAUCCUGAGCGUGGGACUAUUAUAGAGAAAAUCACUGAGGAAACUUUGAGGGAUUGGAGCCAUUUGAAGGAGCUUCUUUCUAUUUGUGAAGCUCAAAGACAGAUAGGGGAGACCUUAUUGAACGAAAAAAGCUCCAGAUCACAUCAAAUUAUUAGAUUGGCAAUCGAAAGUUCUGCUCGUGAGUUCUUAGGCAAAGGAAACUCAACCACCCUUGCAGCUAGUGUGAAUUUUGUAGACUUGGCAGGCAGUGAGCGUGCAUCUCAGUCAUUAUCAGCUGGGACAAGAUUAAAAGAAGGCUGCCACAUCAAUCGCAGUUUGCUAACUCUUAGCACUGUUAUACGCAAGCUAAGCAGUAAAGGAAGACAUGGACACAUCAACUACAGAGAUUCUAAGCUGACACGCAUACUGCAGCCUUGCUUGGGUGGUAAUGCUAGAACUGCCAUUAUUUGCACUUUGAGCCCUGCCCGAAGCCAUGUUGAGCAAACUAGAAACACCCUUUUGUUUGCUUGUUGCGCAAAAGAAGUGACUACAAAAGCGCAGGUCAAUGUAGUCAUGUCAGACAAGGCCUUAGUUAAGCAAUUGCAAAAAGAGCUAGCUAGAUUGGAAAGCGAGCUGAGGACACCCGGCCCUCCUUCCUCAGCUUCUGAUUAUGUAGCAUUACUCAAAAAGAAAGAUCUUCAGAUUGAAAAGAUGGAUAAGGAAAUCAGAGAGCUGACAAAGCAACGAGAUCUUGCUCAAUCACGGGUGGAGGACUUAUUGAGGAUGGUUGGAAAUGAUAAUGACUCAAGACAAACUACAGAUAGUCAUCAUCCUAAAUGGCAAGCCGGGGAUAUGUCGGAUGAUGAAUAUUCAGUAUCCGAGUCAUCAGGCAUUGCCGAUCCUCGUUAUUCAAAUGGCGUCAGAAAGUUCAAUAAUCCACAUUUUGAAGACAGAGACGGUGAGAGCAGUCCUGAGGAGUCGUACACCCAGCUUCCAGGGAACUCUAAAGACCAGAGUCUAGAGGAUACUGCCAAAGGAACUGCACAAGACACUGAUGACUAUUGCAAAGAGGUUUGCUGUAUUGAGAUGGAAGAGUCAAGCAGGGACAGGACUGUUGGAAAUGAAGGAGCAUUCUCCUUGACAUUAAAUGGGGAUACAAGUGUAGCUGGUCAAGAAAUGAUAACCCCCAUGAAUGCAGCUAGAGACAGCAGUAGGAUGCAAAAUGGUUUUGCAUAUGGCGCGUUAGAGCAGAGACUACAAGAAUUACGAACAACAAAUGAUUCUCUGCGUAGUUCUUACCCUGUUGAAUCACUUCCAAAUGCCAUUUCAGCAGAUAUGUUGAGUUCUAGAAGCCUUAAGUUAACCAGGAGUUGGAGUUGUAGAGAAAGCCUCAUGACUGGCUCAUCUUCUCCUGAUAUAGGAGAGAGAACCCCGACUAAUGGGUUUGAGAAAAGUUUUCCUGGGAGACCUGAAGGUUUUGGGAGGAAGUUUGCUCUCUCAAGUUAUGAUUCCAGUAUAAGGUUGUCAAGAAAUGAUUCUCAGUCUUCCAUUGGGAGUGCUGUGGAUGAGCUUGGGGCACAGAGUACUGCAGACGGGGAUAUUACUAGCGUCCAUACUUUCGUCACAGGACUAAAGAAAAUGGCCAGAAAGCUUGAGUUUGACAAGCAAAUUGUCAACAGUGAGGACCAUGAAACAGGAGCAGCUGGAAAGUUUGAAAAGAGUGUGAAAGACGUAGGAAUUGAUCCAAUGCUUGAAGUAUCAGAAAUUCCUGAUUGGCCUCUAGAAUUUGAGAGACAGCAAAAGGCCAUAUUUGAACUUUGGGAAACUUGCUACAUAUCAGUGGUCCACAGAACCUACUUUUUCUUGCUAUUCAAAGGUGAUCCUACGGAUUCCAUUUACAUGGAGGUAGAGCUCAGGAGACUUUCUUUCCUAAAGGAAACUUAUUCCCGUGGAGAUCAGGCUGUGGAAGAUGGUCAGACUUUGACUUUGGCUUCAAGCAAGAGAGCUAUUGCUCGUGAGAGACAGAUGUUAAGCAAGCUGAUGCAGAGAAGGUUUUCAGAACGCGAGAGGAAGCGUCUCUUUGAGAAGUGGGGUAUUGCACUGGACUCAAAGCGCAGAAGGCUGCAGCUAGCCAACCGCCUAUGGAGUAACACACAGGAUAUGAACCACGUAAUGGAGAGUGCUUCCAUCGUUGCAAAGCUGGUCAGGUUCGUAGAGCAAGGGCAGGCCCUCAAGGGAAUGUUUGGGCUUAGUUUUGCGUCCCCAAAGGCAAAGCGUAGAUCCUUUGGAUGGAAAAAUAGCACAGCAUCUCUUAUAUAAACUUGUUGCUCAUAUUCGUUCCACUUGGCAGUUUGUCAUGUUAGAUAGGCCAUAUAGGAAUCAUCGAAUGGAUUGGUCAUGAGUAUUAGAGGAUUAUAUUAAUCUUAGUUGAAGUGCUCAGCAGUUAGAAGGCUAUGCUGGGUUCUGGUUUGGUAAAAUGGUUUUCUGGCAUUGUUCUAUCUUUAGUGAAAUGUAAUUUGGAAUGUUUCUGUUACUAAUUGUGCUAUGAAAAUUUACUCAUUAAUGCA